CUUUACUCUUACACUCACAAAUGGCACUAGCAAACGCGACGUUUGAGGAAAUACUUGACGAUCUCUCAAGUCGAUUCAUAAUAAAUGUACCUGAGGAAGAACUUGCGUCAGUGGAACGUAUAUGUUUUCAGAUAGAACAAGCACACUGGUUUUACGAAGACUUUGUUCGUGAGCAGAAACCUGAGUUACCAUCGUUUUCGCUGAAGAACUUUUCCGCAAAGAUAUUCCAGCACUGUCCAUUGUUGCGCCAGUGGGAACACGAGCAUGAGCGAGCGUUUGCAGACUUCAUGCAGUACAAGAUUCGGAUACCUGUCUGUGGAGCUAUUAUACUCAACGAACGUCUAGAUAAAUGUCUAUUGGUGAAAGGCUGGAGUUCAAAAUCAGGAUGGGGAUUCCCAAAGGGCAAGAUCAAUAAGGAUGAGGAAAACUCAAUUUGCGCAGCAAGAGAGGUAUUGGAGGAAACUGGUUUCGACAUCACGCCAUACAUGGACCCUGAAAACUAUAUCGAGAUUACCCUUAGGGAGCAGAGAAUCCGCCUGUAUAUCAUAUGUGGUGUGGCUGAGGAAUCAGAGUUCAUACCAAGGACUCGCAAAGAGAUCAGUCAAAUUGCUUGGUACAAGUUGACAGAACUUCCAACUUAUAAGAUAGACAAAAAACCAGUGAAUGGCAGCAAGAGCGAUACUGAUGGUGGCCGUCACAAGGUUGCAUCAGCUAACAAAUUCAAUGGCAGUCGUUUUUACAUGGUAGCCCCUUUCGUCAGUAAAUUGAGACAAUUUGUCAACCAGCGGCGGAAGUAUCAUGAUUCUCGAAAUUCUCACUAUUCUGUAAUGGCAAACACAUAUAAUUCAUAGUAACGUUAGUGAAGUAGUCUCAUAUCCUCCUGUUCAAUAUACAAGUAGCAUAGCAUGCGUGUUGAAACUUAUCGGAGACUCAGUUUGUCUGCUUCUGAGUACCACUACUGCAG